AUGUCCCCCCGCUACCCCUCCCUCGACAUCGCCUCUGCCUGGAUCUCCCUCAUCUUGCCCCUCCCCGGCCACGAAACCAGCUUCAACCGAUGGUACAGCGACGACCACUUCUACGCCGGCGGCAUGUGUCUCCCCGGCAUCUUCGCCGGUCGGCGAUGGAUCGCUCCACAAGCCCUGCGUUCCUUGAAUUACGCUUCAGACCCGGCUAUGGCGGAAGGUGGAAGUUUCCUGCAUCUGAAUCUUUUCAGUAGUCAUCAGUCGGAUGAGGCGUAUAGGGCUUUGGGGCAGACGCUGCAAGUGCUGGGCGAGGAGGGAAGGAUGUACGGCGAUAGUAUUGAGAGGAGGCAUUUGUAUUCCGCCAUCACGCCUUAUGAGGGAGUAGUGUAUCGGGAUGGGGAAGGGUUUGGAGAGGGGCCGAUGGACAUUCACGCCCUGGAUUAUCCUUUUCAGGGUGUGGUGGUUGAGAUCGUGGAGGCUAAGAGUGGUGAGGGGAGGGUGGAGUUGGUGCGGUGGUUGAAGGGGGAGUUUGUACCUCGGAGGCUUGAAGGGAGUGAUGUGGUGAUGUGUUUGGUUUUUCGGCAUGAGGAUCUGCCGGAGGGUGUGAGGAGUCCACGGUUGCCGGGGAAGUGUCCUACGGGGGAUAAGAGGGUGGUGUUGUUGUGGUUUGUGGAGGGUGAUCCGAAGGUGUGUUUGGAGCGGGAUUUUGGUGGACAUGUGGAGGAGGUCAAGGAGAAGGCGUUGGGUGAGGUGGUGUUUUUAGGACCGUUCGUUCCUACUGUGCCCGGGACGAAUAGUGUCUCUGACGUAGAGCAGCUCUUUGCAUUCCCGGAAAAUUGUGUGCGCUCGAAAGCGAACGACGCCGCAAGCGAUUUGCGAAUCAAGGUGAGUACAUAA